AACGAAUCGCAUUGUCGCUCUUCCUUCCGUGCAGCCACCUGCCACCCUCCUGAACCCAGAUCUUCCCGUUUAGGCCACAAAUCAGCAGCUAAAGGUGACUGCAGCAUUGUCGGCCGCAAAUAGCCGGCGACUAUUUCCUCGGCGGCGCGCGCUAAAUAUUGUAGCAGCCGUGCACCGUCCUAUUUCCGUCAGUCGCGCGCCCCGGCCCGCCGCGCCCGUACCCCGCAUGUAGGUCGCCCGUCGCCCGGCACCGCGGUAUUUUUAUUGCUACCGCGCUCACUCAAAACUUAUUAUUUAUAUCCGCGACCAUCAUUCCAUUUACCCCGUUUGUUUGUAAAGAAAGAAUGCUGUGCGUAAAGUGGUCACCGGUGAUGUGAACGUACGUUUAUUAUAACAAGAAUUCAGACACGCGUGGCAUUUAGUGGCAUUUGUGAAGUGUAGUGUCUUCCCGUGAUGCAUCACUUGUAUCCGUUGGCGAAGGGUGACCCGCUGUGUCCCCUGGGGUUCCACCCUCAGGUGCGCUGGCCCACGCGGUGUAAGCGCUGCUUCAGAGACUACAAGGAGCACGGGGGUCGGGGGAGCAGACAGGAUGACUUCGCGUCCACGCCCAGUCUGUCGCACCAGUCGCCCGCCUCACGGGGUCGUGAUGAAGACAGCGGGGCGGGCACAGACCGCGGCGCGCGCGGCUGGGCCUCCAGCUCCAACCUCAGCAACCAGGACUCGCCCAAGAAGGACUCUUUCGGUUCAGGGUUCAGUCGAGUCAGCUCCACAUGGACAUCCACUCCGGACCUCGGAGACGCAGACAAAGACAGCAAUAACGCCGUCACUGUCUCCCUCAAACUGCCGCGAAGGAAACUCACUGGACCAAUACCUACGUUAGACACGGGACAACCCAGCGCACCUAAAGUGUGCUUCACAGAGUCGGCCACCAUCACGCUGCGGCGCCCGUCAGCCUCGCCGCCGCCCACGCCGCCGCACCUCACGAUUAACAAGAAUGAUUCGCUCGCUGAACGAGUUAAAAAGAUGCAGUUGCUAAAAGCUCAAAGUUUAAGUUUCGAGAAGGAGUCAAAUGAAGAGAAAGAGAGGGAGCGACGGAGCGCCUCCCGGAGCAAGGAGGAGGAGAGACCAGUACGGAGUAAAGAGGAACCCAAGGCGAAACCUAAAGAGGAAACUAAAGCUUCCGUCAAGGAUGAUGUCAACUUCCUUAUGCAGGUGAAGAGUCGGACGCCACUGUCCAAGCCGCCAGCGCGCGGUGGACCGGCGCCUCGCGACGACGAGGACGACGUCAGCACCGCCACUACUGAGGGGACCCUGGUGGAUGCUAAUGUUAGAGAAUAUCAGGACCAAAUAGAGAGCCUCAAGAACGAAGUGGACACGUUGAAGAAGAGAUGCGAGAGAGUGGAGAAAGAGAAAAGCGACAUCCUCCUUCGUAGACUGGCCAACAUUGACACCGCUAACAAAUACACCACAGGUCGAACAUCAGAGGUGCUGAAACUGCAGCAGAAGGUGAACGAGCUGACGGCGCAGAAUGAGGACCUCCGAGAUGAGAAGAAACAUCUCACGCUCAAGGUUAAGGAGGUAGAGGCCGAUCUGGAGUCCCGGUCAUCAGGCGAGGCAGCUAAGCGCGAGUGCGCCGCGCUGCGAGCCAAGCUAGUCGCCGCCGAGACGCUGUGUGAAGAGCUGAUGGACGAGAACGAAGACAUGAAGAAGGAACUGAGGGAUCUGGAGGAGGAGAUCGAGGAGAUGCAUGACAACUUCCGAGAAGACCAAGCGGACGAGUACUCGUCCCUCCGGCGCGAGCUCGAGCAGACCAUCAAGAACUGCCGCGUGCUCUCCUUCAAGCUGAAGAAGACUGAGAGGAAAGCCGACCAGCUCGAGGCCGAGAAGCGAGACCAGGAGAAGAAGCUGUUAGAGAUAGUAGGUGGCCAAGCCGGCCUCGACCGCGUGAACCGCAUCAAGGAGCUAGAACAGGAAGUGUCUCGCUCCAACGAGGUGGCUCUACGGUUGCAGCGGGAGUUGGCUGAUGCCACCGCGCGCCUGUCAGCCGCUGACGGGAACAAGCCCGCCAAUCAGAAGCGACAGACCAUGGUGGAGGGGAAGAUCUCCCGUUCAUCUUUAACCCGCGGCGGCAGCCAGGACGACCCGGCGCAGCUGCUGCGAGACCUGCAGGACUCUCUAGAGCGCGAGGCCGACCUGCGCGAGCAGCUGAGGAACUCCGAGGACGAGGCCAACAGAUACCGCCAGCGCUUCGGGCGGCGCCCGCCCCCCGCGCCCGCGCCCUCCCACCCCGACCUCAUACCCCCCUCAACCCCUACCCUCGACGAAAACACCGCGCAGAGACUCAGGGUCCUUGAGAUGCAACUGGCACUUGAGAAAUGCAUACCGGCCCUGGAUAUCUACAAGAUAUCUGUCGGGAAACAUCAUGCCGCUCAGGCACCAACUGAUCAAUUCGACCGAUAUUCUCAAGGGAGUCAGACUGACUUGAUCUUGAUGAAUGACGUCGCCACUGACACCAGGAAGGUCAGCCUCGAUUGCAGUGUUCAGGCCCAGGUAGACGUACUCGACAUGUACUCACAGACUGAAGUAGCCUUCAUGAAGUCCAAACACUCUCAAACAGCUGAUAUCAAGAGCAACGCCAUGUCCCAAACAGAUAAACCGAAGGUUCGAAACGCUAUCGUACAAACUGCAGCUAAAAUGUAUAACGACCAGUGCCACCAGAUCUCCAGACGUGAAGCUGAGCGAGUGGACGCCAGUACUGAGACUGAAAGUACAGUCGUAUUCAAUGAGGGAACGAUGACGGAUGACCUGGAUGUUUUUGAUGUUACCAGUAUUUUUGUUAAUGAUGAGCCGCUGCAAAUUGAGGUGUUCGUUGAAGGCACUAUGACAGACGAUUGGGAAGUGUUUGAUUUGAGAAAUAUUUUCGUAUCUCAAGGUCCAACACCGGUGCCUGAUGAAGAAGAAACUGAGCCCCAAGCGAGAUCCGAGAGCCCUCCCCUGACGCCCGACCCCGCCUCCUCCGCCCCCCUCUCCUUGCCCUUCGUAUCGAUAUUUAACCCCCUGGCUGUCAGGUUACCGUCCAUAGGCCGCAAGCUGUCGCCGACACCGCCGUCCAACCGGCUAGCCAUCGAGGCUCCUAAUGAGAAGGACGAGGGCAUCUCCGAUGAAGAGGACCCGGCCGAGCUCAGGCUGCUGCUGGAACUCAAUGAACAGGAAGCAGCAGUCCUCCGGCGUAAAGCAGAAGAGAUAGAGCAGGAUAGAGACUCUUUGAAGAAACAAGUGAAGGAGCUGACGGAGAAGAUCGCCGCGACUAAGACCAAGCCCGCUGCCACCACUGUGGGCCUGAAGCGGAAUACUGCGGGUAAAGCUGGCAACUUGGCCGAGGAGAAGGUUAAGGUAUUAGAAGAUGAAAUAGCGGAACUGCGCAAGAAGUUCAUAGAGAAGGAGCGCGACUGCGAGCGUCUACACACGGAGCUCAGCCUCACGCACAAGAAGCCCAAGGCCUCACUCAUAAAGAGCAAAUCGCUAGACGGCCCCGGCGAGCAGAAGAGCGUGGACCUGUCCCGGCAGCUGCAGGUGAUCGAGCAGGAGGCGAGCGUGCUGCGGGCGCGGACGCAGAGCCUGGAGGCGGACAACGAGCGCCUCCUGCACGAGAACAACAAGCUGCAGCUGAUGAAGAACACAAAACAGCUGAAGAGUGAGAAAUCCUUCGAACAGAGUACGGAGAAGAUCAGCCAAUUAGAGAAAGAGUUACAAGAAGCACUGGCCAAAGUGAAAGAGCUAGAGGCAGGGAAAGAAAAGGAAGAUAAGGGAGAGAAGAAAGUACGCUUCGGAGACUUCUCCAAGAGAGACGCGGACGCCUUGAAGAUGAAGCAAGAUGAACUGGAUAGACUGAAACUGAAUCUUACUAAGCUAGAGAAAGAGAACGCUCGUCUGCAGUCCACCCUCAAGGCUCUGAAGGAAGACGCCAUCAAGUCGUUUAAGCCGCGGACGCCCAAGAAGCUCACCGACAUGACCACCAAGCUGCAGAUGAAGAGGAUGGUUGAAGACUUGGAGAAUGAAAUUGGUGAACUUUAUGUAGUUAUGAAGAACGCCGGCCUCUCGGGGAAAUCAAUCAGUGCACAGGAACAGCUCGAGAAAGACAUCGAAGAAGCGAAAUCGAAACUAACAAGAAAUGAGUCCGAAUUCACUAACGAAAAGAACCGACUGCAAACUGAAAUAGCCAAAUUAAAGGAUCUCAAUGUUAAAUUAGAAACGAAUAAGUCUAAUGUUGAAGAUAAGUGUAAAACGCUGGAAGAAGAAAAGAAUAAAAUAACAAAUGAAGUCAAAACGCUCAAGGAAGAGAAAAAGAAAUUAGAAACACAAGUUACUAAAUUGACGAAUGAAAUCAAAUCUUCCACAUCACAACAAACCAAGGUUUCCGAAAGCACGAAAAAGAUAGAAGAACUGAAAAAAGAGAUAGAAGCCAAGGACAAAAAGAUUGAAGAUCUCAAGAAACAAGUAGAGAACGCAAAGAAACUAGAAGAUACUAUUAAGAAACACGAAGAGAAUGCUAAGAAAUCAGAAGAAAAUGUAAAGAAAUUAGAAGAUAAUGUAAAGAAACUAGAACAGAAUGAGAAAAAGCUAGAAGAAGAUAAGAGUAAACUACUGAAAGAGGUCGGAGACAAGACAAAGAAGAUAAAUGAUCUCGAGAAGAAGCUGAAGGAGGCGGACGAGCGAUACAAGCGAGCGGAGAAGCAGCUCACGACUAGAAAGGAACGCGUCGCCAAGCUAGAGAAGGAGCUGUCGGAAGAGAAAGAGCAGUCGCUAGCGCUGUCCUGCUCUCAACGCCGUCUCUCCGUCGAGUUCACCACGGAAAAGGACGAAAUGCAAACAAAACUCAUUAAGACCGAAACGAAACUCAUCACUUUAGAGUCCGACAUGAGAGAUCUGAAGGCGGAGUAUGAGAAUAAGAUCACGAAUCUCGAAUCGACUGUCGCAGCCAAAGACUUCCAUAUUCAACAAUUGGAGGAAGCUUUGAGAGAGACUUCGAACCAGAAAUACGACGAAGCAUUCUCCUCAGUGGAAAUGUCACAGAUGAAGGAAAAACUAGAGUCCACUGCCAGAGACUUGGAAGAGAAACAGGAUGAACUUGAAAACGCUAAACGUGACCUCAGUAAGGUCGAGAAUGAAUUGAGUGCUAUACAGAAUGAGACAACUAUCCUGAAGUCCGAUUUGGCCAAGGCGGAGAACGAGAGGAAAGAUCUGGAAACUAAAUUGCAAGCUGAAAAGAAGGAUUCAGCCUACUGGGAGAGCAAGGCGUCCGAAUUUGAAACGGAUAUACAGGCGGAACGCAAGAAGGUGGAACGCAUGCGCAUCGCCCACGACAAGGACAUAAAGAACAAGGAGGCCGAGCUGGCGACGCUGAAGGGCAAGCUGAAGGUGCUGGAGCAGUCCUCUGGGGCCGGGAUGAAGAGGAUCGGGGAGCUCAAGCAGGAACAUGAGGAGAAUGUUAAGAAACUGGAGCACUCUCUAGCAGUUGAACGCGCGGAGUACGAAGAGUUGACGGGCAAAUACGAGAUGUUGGAGGAAGAACAUGUCGUCACCAAGGCCAGGCUCACCGUGGAGAAGGAACAGGCGCAGAGUGAGUUGAUGAACAUCCAGAAGGAGUUGAACGCCACUCUGGAAGAGCUGAAGACAGCUCAGGACAGCUACGACACAGACUCCGCCAAGUGGGAGAAGGAGAAGGCUGAACUACAGACGGAGCUCUCAUCUCUCCAGUCGCGUCUCUGCGGCGGCGGCUGGGAGGUGCAGAAGGCGCGUCUCUCCGCCCGGCUCGAGCAGGCGGAGAGAGACCUGGCCGAGAGCAGAGAGAGAUGCGCCGUGCUGGAGCAUCAGAGAGACAGCACUGGGAAGGAGCUGGAAGAAUCUCGUCAGAAGCUAGAAGACUAUGAGAAGGUGUGCAGCGUGCAGCGCAACCUGGCCGCCGACAACAACCGACUCGAGAGGGAGGCCGCUGAGCUCAGAUCAUCUCUAGAAGCAGCCGAGCAGGCGCGGCGCAACGAGCUGGCCUCGGCCCAGCUGCGGAGCUCGGCGCAGCAGGACACGCUGAGGGAGGAGCUGGCCUCCGUGCAGCACCAGGUGACCCGCUUCAAGCGCGAGCGAGACAACUACAAGCAGAUGCUGGAAUCGGCUCAGAAGACGCUGGCUGAGGAGAAGGCAGGGGCUAGGGUCAAGACACACUCCAUAUCCAGCACGGAUGAGGAGGAGUACCGAAGCAAGCUGGCCGCUCUCGAACAACAGGUCCUCUGCCUCGAAGACGAACUCAGCGAGUCCCGCCUCACCGCCUCCCGCCUUCACACCGAGCUGGUGGGCGAGCGAGCGGCGGCUCAGCUGCAGCACGCCGAGAUGACGUCACGGCUCAACGAGUACGAAGAGGAGCGCCUCCUGUCCUCCGGCCGGGCCCGCGUGGCCGGCACCGGCACCCGCAUGGAGCUGGCGUGGACCAGGGAGCGCGACGAGCAGCAGCGCCUGCUGGCGGAGACCAGCACCCUGGCGCGCGACCUGCGCCAGACGCUGCACGAGGUGGAACGUGAGAGAGACAAGGAGCGGCUGGACAUGAAGCGGCGCAUCGAGCAGAUCAAGCGGACCACGGAGGAGGAGACCGAGGAGGCUAAGAAGAAGGUGUCGGAGCUGCAGUGUGACCUGCUGGAGCUGCGCGACGCGCACGCCAAGCUGCGCACCGCCAGCGAGAAGCACCGCCGCGAGCGCGAGCGAACCGAGCGCGAGCGCGAGCAGCACAGGAUGCUCGUCACCGCGCUCAAGCGAGCCCAGCAGGAGGACGACCGGCGCAUCACGCAGCUGCUGGAGACGAUCGAGGAGCUGAUGCAGCAGAGCCCGGCGCUGUUCCCCCCCGCGGCCCCCGCGCCGCCAGAGAAGAGAUUGACCACGCCCACGCCGCCAAGGAGGAACCGGUCGUCCAAGUCCCGGUCCCGCGAAGCCACACCGGAGGCGGUGGCGGCGGAGGGCGCGGCGGCCACGGUCGCCAGGCUGCAGAAGCUGACAGAUGAACUGAGGGCAUCACGCAUAGCGGAACGGCAGAGGAGGCACCAGGCUAAUGCGAGACGAGCGAUAUCGACGGAGCCGCGCGACACGCUGGCCGUGCCGCAGACGCGGACGCCGACCUGCGCGCCCUCGCUCAAGAAGAGAUCCGUGUCGCUAGAGCAAACCACUAAGGAACAGAACGUGAUCUGGAAGUCGGUGGACGACAGCAGCGUGUCGUCGCUGCAGUCGCUGGAGCAGGAGCAGGACCUGCGCGUGUUCGGCGUCGCCCGCGACAACAGCCUCGACAGCCGCUUAUCCGGCGGGUCGGCGCAGAGCGACGUGCUGCCCGAGAAGAAGAAGAAGAAGAGCAUCUUCGGCAAGCUGAAGAAGCUGACCAAGUCGCGCUCCAUCGACGACCAGGCGGGCCCGGACGAGUUCCGCCCCAUCGGCACCGUCUCACAGGGUUCUGAUUCAGACAUGAGCGCGGCGGGCAGCCGGCGCGACCUGCGCGGCCGCAUCUCAGACAUGUUCCACAGAAAGGGAACGCUGUCUCGAGGAAACAGUAAGGAGCAGACUCCGGAGCGCGCGGCGUCGGCGCUGGGCGUGGUGAGCGCCACCGCCACGCUGCCGCGCAACGCCAGCUCCGCCACGCUCGCUCGCGAGCCCGCGCCGAGCUCGCGGCCCGCGUCCCGCGCCGCCAGCGCCACGCCCGCCGUCAAGAGAAAGGGGAAAUAACUGAUACAUACCGCGUCCUUAGCAUAGUGUAUUCAUGUCCAAACUACCCUCCCUCAGUAUAGUAAUAUCACAAUACAUAUCAACAUAUGUGUACGAAGCGAUCCCAGUCCGCCGUUACCCCUCAGCAUUUGUCUUGUUUCAUUUCCUUGGGGAGUUUAGGCUGCAGUUGUAGUGUCUAUUUGUAAUUUUAUAAUAAAAACUGUUGGAAUCUUA